ACCAGUUCAGUCAGUUCUAGGAGUUCGUACAGUGAACAACUCUCAAGCUUUUUGUUCAACAAGUUUUGUGGUGCAAUUCAAGAUGCGUAUCGGAUCAACCAUUCCCAACUUCAAGGCCGACAGUACCAAGGGCCCGAUCGACUUCUACGAGUGGCUGGGAGAUUCAUGGUGUGUGCUGUUUUCCCAUCCGGCCGAUUUCACCCCCGUUUGCACGACCGAGCUGGGCCGGAUUGCGGUCCACCGGGAGCACUUUGAGAAGCGAAAUGUGAAGAUUCUGGCGCACUCGGUCGAUGACCUCAAGUGUCACGUGGAUUGGGUCAAUGACAUCAAAUCGUACUGUCCGGACAUCAUCGGCAACUUCCCGUAUCCGAUCAUUGCCGAUCCGAGCCGAGAGCUGGCCGUUCGUUUUGGCAUGCUGGACGACAACGAUAAGGACGAUCCGGAGCUGGCUCAAACCGUGCGGGCACUGUUCAUUAUCAGCCCCGAUCACCGCGUCCGUCUGACGAUGCACUAUCCCACUUCUACGGGCAGGAAUGUCGAUGAGAUUCUGCGUGUCAUCGAUUCGCUCCAGCUGACGGACCGGCUCAAGGUGAUUGCCACACCCGCCAAUUGGACCCCUGGAACCAAGGUGAUGAUUUUGCCCAGUGUUUCCGAGUCGGACGCCGACCGGCUGUUCCCCAACGGAAUCGAACGCGUCUCGAUGCCGUCGGGCCACGUGUACGUCCGCACGACCACCGAUUACGAGUAAAGGGUUUGUCAAGGGGGGAGAUGUAUUGUUCGAAUUUAAAAACAUUUAACACCGUAACAAAUUGCAUUCUUAUUACACAUUCCAUUUGGCAUCGUAGCAAA